AUGGAGUCCAUGGUUCGGGAUGGUGCAAAUACUGGACCACACAGAAAACAGGCAAUCUACCCUUCUUGGUGGGGCGAUGGCAGCGAUGAAGACAAGAGCAUGGGCCAAAGGCAACCCCUCAGGGCUAGCAAGCAGUGCAACAUUGCCAGUGUGCAAAGCCAGGAGUAUAAAACGCUAACAAACCCUCCGGAACCCGCAAGCCACAGCAAGUUGGAGCCUGGACAUUGUCUUCUUCCAAAGGGAAUUCCUACGAACAGGCAAUGCACUGAUCAGAGUUCACUUGCACACCCAGAGACCUGUGAGAACUGCGAUGGUAGAACUACGUUGGCAUAUUCAGGGCGUUCCGAAGGUGCCCCUCGCGAUUUGGAGACUCCAGCGGUUGCCGUGGAAAAGAGGGCAACGAACAAAGAGAAGACAAGGCCAGACCCCAGGCUAGCCUACUCGGUGGCACCGGCAAACAGAAAGGUGGUGUUGGCCGUGGGAUUCAUGAUCUUUGUAUUUCCGUUCAGUCAGGGAGGAGCCCGUGUGUUGUGUAUCACAGCAGUAGAUCAGGUAAAUUUAGAUCGUUCUCGCUAUCUGGUAACCAGGUACCCCUAG